AUGUUAUUGAGGUCAAUACGAAGGCAAUUAGAAUUUUUUAAUGAUUUAUCAAAUUUAAGAAAGCCAAAAAAAACUGAUGAUGAUGUUCUCCUAGCCGAUUCCGGCCACGGCGGCCAAUCUCAUGAGAUUAGCCAACUGCGCAGGAGAUAUUAUAGUGCUCAAGUGUACGCGCAGACACAAGUGCACUCUAUUCCUAUCACUCAUACUUUGGUGGGACGACCACUCGACACGACCGGUGAGAGU